AAGAAAACUGCUAAAGCUUUAGCAGCGAAAGCGAAAGCUGGCUAAAGGCGGAGAAAACGCUUUCAUACAUCCGAAACCAAAUGGUCAAAAGGUUACUGAAGAAAUUAUGUUGAAAGUUACAGCUAAACAAAUUAAAAAAAAGGUAAAAGAGGAGGUACUGGAUGAAAUUGAUGCACUGGUUGCGGAAGGAGAUAAAGGACCCAAAGGUUCGCCAGAUGUGCCGAAAAAGGGAAAGAAACCUGGGGCUGAACCGAAGAAAAGGGCUAUUCCAAAGAAGAAAAACGCUGAUACUUCUAGCGAUGGUCUUAAACAAACUAAAUUAAACUUCAAAUCUAAAGGGUGCAAGAAGAAAAGUACAAGCUCCGAUGAAGAUGAACUAUCCGGUAGCGAUAUUGAAAUGCAAGUUAGUGUUGCUCCACGUGCGGAUCGACCAGGACGUCGUGCAACUGCUAAAAAAAUAAACUAUUCAGGUUUACUUGAUUCGGAUGAAGAUGUACAAAGUAGUGAAGGUGAAAUGGUUUUUAAGGAUAAUAAAGCAGUUCUCGAAGAGUCCACAGUAAUGGCCAAAAUUAGCGAUAGCGAAAACGAUGUCAAUGGCAAUGGAGACAGCGAGGAAGACACUCCUAUCAAAAAGGCUCCUGGUAAGCGCCCACGUAAAAAAAAUAUAAGCGACAGUGAUAGUGAUAAUAAUAAGAAGGGUAAGAGGAAGAAGAAAGUCAGCAGUGACUCCGAUGACUUCGACUUCUAAAUAUGAAAAUUAUUU